CCUGACCUACAGGAGAGACCGAAGGAGGAGCGCUUCUCUUUAAGAAAGUGGCCAAGCCCUGGGGACAGGGACGCAGAGCCGGAGAGCUACAGCAUACCUUACCUCAUCACUAUGUCCCUGCAGGCUGAUUUUGACCAGGCCACACGAGACGUGAGGAAGCUGAAAAGCAGACCUGAAGAUGAAGAGCUCAAAGAACUCUACGGCCUGUACAAACAGUCCAUCAUUGGAGACAUCAACAUUGGUGCGUGUCCAGCAAUGUUAGAUCUGAAGGGCAAGGCCAAGUGGGAAGCAUGGAGCCUCCAGAAAGGGUUGUCGAAGGAAGAUGCCAUGAGUGCCUAUAUUUCUAAAGCAAGAGAGCUGAUUGAGAAAUAUGGGAUUUAGAAUUUGACAGGGGAGAUGGAUCUCCCUUGGAAGCCUUCAUAACAGCAUCGUGACAUUUAUGGGGAAAUGCAUUAGUAACUCUAAAAAUCAUGUGUAUUUUUCCUAUUAGCUCAAAUUCUAAUACUUAGGACCGUGUCAACAUAGCUACCUAGUUUUACUUGCUUAUGCAAGGUGACUUUUUAAAAGCUCCUUUUCAAAAAUUGUUUUGUAGUAUGCAUAUAAACUUGAAUAAAUAUCUGGGUUUUUUUUUUGCAUUUA